GCCACAAUAGCCUCUGACCCAAUGGAUAAGAGCUCGAAUCGCCUACAUUGACCUCUCACGUUUCUUUUCUAUUUAUACCUUCCGCUUCCAGAUCCCAUUUUGGAUUUGUAGCGCCUUUCAUUUUAUCUAAUAUCACCUUCGAGUUCUCAACGAGGAAACCCACUAUUUUAGGAUUUAAUCUCAAUUCUCAAGUCUCAAAAUUCCCGUGUCUUAAGGAUUUCUGAUUGAUUAUGGCUGUUGCUGGGGUUAUUGGUGGUAAUUCAUGGUCAUGGAUGCAAUUAGGAUUUCAAGAAAGAAAACAGAAAAGACUUGAGAUUUGUUGCUCCUCUUCUUCUUCUUCUUUGACGGAUUGUUAUAAGACCUUAAGAGUCCAACCCGGUGCGUCUCAAUCCGAGGUUAAGAAGGCUUUUAGACAGCUUGCACUGCAGUACCAUCCAGAUGUAUGCAGAGGGAGCAAAUGCGGGGUGCAGUUUCACCAAAUCAACCAGGCUUAUGAUGUUGUAAUGUCCAAUUUGAGAGGAGAAUCCAAUGAAAUGGAAAUGGAAAUGCAUGAAGCAUGCGAAGAUGAUGCAGGCAUCGAUGAAGCAAUGAGGGGAAUGAAUGAUCCAGAUUGGGACCUGUGGGAAGAGUGGAUGGGAUGGGAAGGAGCAGGAAUUCGUGAUUAUUCAUCUCACAUUAAUCCUUACAUUUGAAAUUGCUUUCGAGAAGAAAGAAAGGCUAAGAACCACUGGCCAACCCAAAGUCAACCUCAUGCUCGGGUGCUCAAGAAAUUAAAAAAAAUAAUUAGUUUGAUGGUUUGGUACUAGAUGGCGUUUCACAGUUAAUGACUCUCAGGUAUGAGUCUUCAACAUCAUCACCUCCCUCUCCUCUUCCCAUAAGUUUUGGGCCCGGCAACCUGAGAUACUCCUUUGCUGCAUCUUCGACUCCUUCACCACCCUUCUCACCACCAUUUUCCAUUCAUAAUUCAGCCGAGAACAUAAGGCAUCAGUAUUUUCAUUGGAUUGCCAGCAUCCUCAAGUAUUGGAAUACAAGAGCAUACGCUUCAAGGACUUGUAAUUAGUCCUCUUCUCUUUUCAUACACAUUACUUUCAUGCAAGUACAUUUCGCAUUAGCAAUAGUUAUAGACUUAUAGCAACAUAAAAUUUGAUUGUGCAUGCUAAUAAAAGAAUACAAGCAUAUACUGAAGAUGAAGAUAUCACUCACCACAUCUUCUUCCUCUAAAUAAGAGCAGGUUGGAAUGGUUUUUACAAAAAUGCUCUUUGUUUCAUUCAUGAUUCCUGAGAGCUGAGGCAUUUUAGCUGUAGUCCCUUAAAUACCUAUCAUUGCUUGAACAUAUGUACUGAUUACUGAAUGAAUCCAUGGUCAUUUGACGUUUUAGCA